AAUUUAUUAAUGUCUCAUUUUUCUUCACAGUGAUCUGGAAUCCCGGCGCGAAGUUAAAAAGGAGGAGGGCGAGGCGUUCGCCCGCGAGCACGGCCUAGUCUUCAUGGAGACCUCGGCGAAGACCGCCGCCAACGUAGAGGAGGCCUUCAUCAACACCGCCAAAGAGAUCUACGAGAAAAUCCAGGAGGGAGUCUUUGACAUCAACAAUGAGGCGAACGGCAUCAAGAUCGGGCCGCAGCACUCGGGCGGCGGCGCGGCGGGCGGCGCGGGCGCGGCGGCGGGCGGCGCGGCGGGCGGCGGCUGCUGUUAGGCGCGCGCCUGCACACACUGAGCCCAGCUGGCACGUCUAAGGAAUGGCGCAGCUGUGUGCAACGAACAUUGGUACGAAAUUUACUGCAGGACAGAUCAUGUAUCAGAUUUAUUUCAGCGCUGCAAACUCGCUUGCAUCCGGACACUUUAAAAUUGUAGCAUGCCACUCGGGCACUUCUAAUACUUAUAGUACAUAAUACAGUGUGAAAGGAAUGAUAAUGACUUAACAUUCACAUGGUUUGUAAAUCUCGGGGGUGCUAACUUAACUAUUAUCGUAUUUGUUAGGGCUAAAGUCUGCUUUCCAUACUAGUUCAGUGGAAAGAUGAUCUUUUUUAUACGUAUCUCUUAUAGUAAAAGAUAAUAUUAGUCCAAUUGUGAACGCAUGUUACAUAUUUUUGACUUAGGACUUUUUCUAACUGCAAAAAAAGAGGUGCUUCCAAAACACAAUUACAAACUCCUAGACUUGUAUGGAACACCGACUGUAGGCUUUACAAAACUAUUCGACUAUAAUCACUUCGUUAGCGUUACGGGUUCCGAAAAUUGUUAUAACUACCUGGCGAUACAAAGGUUGACUCGAUUUAUAGAAAUAAUUGUAAAAUUAAAGUCUCAAAUUAGCUCGUCUCUCCUGUCUGGUCUCAUAGUGGACCCACAGCAUGGCAAAAAGAAAAGAAAAUAAUAGGGGCGCCACCCUCUACGUAAAUCGUUUUGCAUGUGGCAACUUUUGAGUC